GGCGGGGGGUUAUGUAUGUAAGUGAGUGGGUGGCAGGCAUGUGCAAAGUAAAUUCUUCACCGCCGCUUUUGCUUUUUUAUUUCGUUGCCUCCCUGCUUCUGCGUUUCUUGUUCUUUUCCUUUUUUUUCUUCCGAUGAAGGAGGGGGAGGGGCCGGUCGCAACGCAACGCGACGGGGUUGCCUCCGCUGGCGUGGUACGGGGGAUGCAGGGUUGCAUAUCUUAUGUAUGUAUGUAUGUAUGUAUGUAUGUAUGUGUGCGCGCGCGCGUAAAAAUGGGUGCGUGGUGAGUGAGUGAGUGAGUGAGUGAGUGAGAGUGAUGGUGGAUAGGUAUGUAGGUAGUGGAUGGAGGAGAGACAGCCCGCCAGCCCGCCUCGCACAACACCACACACGCAACACGCCCUCGCAGCGCAAGUACCCGGCACAGCACGCGCGGGCAGCGCACUCAGCCACUCGGGCAGCUUCGCCGGCAGGCAGGCAGGCAAGCAGGCACCCGACAAAAACAACAACGACAACGGCAACGAUUUGCGGCUGAAGGAAGGAAGCUGCAGGACGGCGAGCCAGCCAGCCAGCUAAGCCCCUUCGCUUCGCUUCGCGGCCUUCUGCCCCUUCCCCCUUCCCCUUUGCCUACCUACCUAGGUCCUGUACCCAUGGACGCUAGGUACGCUGCCUUUCUGCUCGGUUGCAGCCAUGGGCGACGGGGCCAGGAAGGCAAGAAGGGGGAGGCGGUGCAGCCGGCCGGGGGCAGCAGCUCGGCAGACAGGCAGGCACGCUACAAUACACGCAAGCUGCAGGGAACAGGGGAGUUGUGUUGGUCGCGAGCGAGCGGGCGUGCCUUUUGUCAAUAUACAAUAUACGGGGAAUGAGGUCAACGGAUGAGUUGAAUGAAUUGAAUGAACGGCUGCUGCCGUCGCCCCCUUCUCUUCCUCUUCCGUUUCGUUAUUUUGGUCUGGUCUCGACACGGCUCGUCG